CAGGAAGGAGUCGGUUACUUCGACAUGACCAUCAAAGAUGGUGUUCGCUGUUCCACUGCGGUGGCCUACUUGCAUCCUGUCUGUCGGCGUCGGCCGAAUUUGACUGUGACUACGAAAGCUUUGGUCACAAGAAUAAUACUUGACAGAAAGCGGGCGAUCGGCGUGGAGUACAUCCGGAAUGGUAAAACUCACAAGGCAUUUGCAGAGAGAGAAGUAAUUCUCAGCGGUGGUGCAAUCAACUCACCCCAGUUACUGAUGCUUUCCGGUAUUGGAGAUGCUGACCACCUACGCUCAGUUGGAGUCGAACCACUGCACCAUUUACCUGGCGUGGGUCAAAAUUUACAGGAUCAUCUAGAGGUCUAUGUGCAGCACAGUUGCGAUAAGCCGAUCACACUGUACAAAGCUCAGUGGAAAUUUCCGCACCAAAUGCUUGGUAUCGGUCUGAAAUGGAUCCUAUUCCGUAGAGGAUGGGGAGCAACAGCGCACCUGGAAACUGGGGGAUUUGCUCGAAGUACCGCUGAUGUUGCGCAUCCAGAUAUCCAGUUCCACUUUCUCCCCUCAACCGUACACGACCACGGGCGGAAGAUGGGCGAUCAGCAUGCGUAUCAGGUUCAUGUUGGUCCAAUGCGACCAACUAGCAGUGGACAAAUUCUUCUCAAUUCACCGAACCCGGAGGAAGCUCCACAGAUCAACCCCAAUUACAUGGCAUCUGAACAAGAUAAAGCAGAAAUGAGGGCAUCGAUUCGCUUAUCACGUGAAAUAUUUUCCCAGCCCGCUUUGUCCGAACGAUUUGGAGGUGUGGAAUUGAUUCCAGGCCCCAACAAGAAAACAGAUGCUGAGUUGGACCAGUUCGUGAAGAAUUUCGGCGAUAGUGCCUACCACCCAUCUUGCACCUGCCGAAUUGGACCCAAUCCAGAUGGACACCGGAUCUCGGAAGACGAGCAGAGGAAGCUAGGGUACGUAGGUAACGGCCGAGUGAAUGCGGCAGUUACGCAACCCAACUGUGCUGUGUGGGGGCUAGAUUCUCUGCGGAUUGUGGACGCAAGCAUAAUGCCAUCAAUCGUGUCCGGUAACUUGAACGCUGCUGUUGUCAUGUUGGCCGAACGCGCAUCCGACAUUAUUCUGAGCGAUUACGAUGGGCACUCAGUUAUUCUACCCCCUGCAUCAAAUAUCAAAAUUUGGGAACCAGAUUGUUUCGAAGUGCCCCACAGCAUCACGGCUUAGUUGCCACAAUACUUUGGAGAUAUUUUACAACCUGGUUCAGUGGGACGCUGUAAGAGUAUUCAUAAUUCCAGUCAUUUUCCUCUUUCAUUAGCUAUCGGUUUUGUACCCGUACACUAUGAACUAUCUGGUAUACCUGCUCAGUAUAACUUGAAAUCUUGAAGAAAGUAUUUUGUUGAA